AGGCGCAGGCUAGCCGCGCCAUCCCCAGUCACCACCCGUCUGGUGAGUCCGCCACCGCACCGCACCUCAGGACGGGCCGACGGAGGACGAUCACGAUGGUGCCGUACCAUACCAUGCCAACCAUCUUGAUCCGGCGCGCGUUCCGCUCAGCCUCCUGAACAACUUUUUCGAGCCAUGAGUUACCCAACCACGAGAUAUUCUUCACGGGCUCGUCUCCUCUAUAACUGAAUCUGGAAACGGAGCACGCCACUGAACCGAGCGAUCAGAGUACUUCUUCAGCAGGAGAAGACGGUUGAUGAGAAAGGGAAAGGAGAUGGUGCGGCACGCCCGUGGCGCUGCCCUGUUCUUGCUCGCCUGCUUUGCAUCUGCUGCUCGAGCGGCCACGGCCAUUCCCGAUGGCCUGCUGCCGAACGGCAACUUCGAGGAGGCGCCGGCCAGGUCGCAGCUCGACGGCACGAGGGUGACGGGGCGCUACGCGAUCCCGCGCUGGGAGGUCUCCGGGUUCGUCGAGUACAUCGGGUCCGGCCAGAAGCAGGGCGACAUGCUCCUGCCGGUGCCGGAGGGCGCGUACGCCGUGCGGCUGGGCAACGAGGCGUCGAUCCGGCAGCAGGUGACCAACUUGGCCCCGCGAGCGCGCUACUCCAUCACCUUCAGCGCGGCGCGCACCUGCGCCCAGGCCGAGCGGCUCAACGUGACGGUCGACCCGGAGUCCGACGUGCUCCCCGUGCAGACGGUCUACACCAGCAGCGGCUGGGACUCCUACUCCUGGGCCUUCGAAGCCAGGCGCAGCGCCGUGACGCUCGUCGUCCACAACCCCGGCGCCGACGACGACGCGGCCUGCGGCCCCCUCCUCGACGCGUUUGCCAUCAAGACUCUCCAGCCUCCUCGGCGCACCAAGAAUAACAUGCUGAAGAACGGGGACUUCGAGGAGGGGCCCUACAUCUUCCGGAACACGCCGUGGGGGGUGCUGGUGCCGCCCAUGGACGAGGACGACUACUCGCCGCUGUCCCCGUGGAUGGUCCUGUCGUCGACCAAGUCGGUCAAGUACCUGGACGCGGCGCACUACGCCGUGCCGCGCGGCGCCCGCGCCGUGGAGCUGGUGGCCGGCGCGGAGGCGGCGCUGGUGCAGGACGUGGGCACCGUGCCCGGGCGGCCGUACAGGCUCGAGUUCUCGGCGGGGGACGCCGGGGACGGGUGCGCGGGGUCGCUGGGCGUCCAGGCGUACGCGGCGCGGGGGAGCGUGAAGGUGCCGUACGAGUCCGAGGGGAAGGGCGGGUUCGAGCGCGGCGUGCUCGAGUUCACGGCGAUCGCCAACCGGACGCGGGUGGUGCUCGUCAGCACGGCCUACACCGUGAAGGGCGACGGCACGCUCUGCGGGCCCGUCGUCGACGACGUCUCGCUCGUGCGCACCCGCGCCCACGCCGCUCGCCGCCUGCUGCUGUGAUACAAUACUGACAGGACUCUUUCAUUGGUUGGUCAAUGGGAACGGCAAUGGAGAGAGUGCUUGAAUUCCUGGGCUUAACCAAAGUUGGGAAAGAUUAUUGCACGGUAAUUGAGUACUAUACUAACGCGCCAGGAAUUGGCGCGCGCUCAUGCGUCGCGGCCCCACGUGGGCCGGGGGUAGUGUUCAUCAUUUAAAAAAUAAUAAAAAGUACUGUUCAUGUGGGGCCGGGGGUACGGUUCAUAAUAAAAAAUAAUUAAAAAGUA